AUGUCGCCCUCUGAUUUCCUGGACAAGCUUAUGGGACGAACGUCAGGGUAUGAUGCCCGGAUUCGACCCAACUUCAAAGGUCCGCCCGUCAACGUGACGUGCAACAUCUUCAUCAACAGCUUCGGCUCCGUCACCGAGACCACCAUGGACUACCGGGUGAACGUGUUCCUGCGGCAGCAGUGGAAUGACCCCCGCCUGGCUUACCGCGAGUACCCCGACGACUCCCUGGACCUCGACCCCUCCAUGCUCGACUCCAUCUGGAAGCCAGACUUGUUCUUUGCCAACGAGAAAGGGGCCAAUUUCCACGAGGUCACCACCGACAACAAGCUGUUGCGCAUCUUCAAGAACGGCAACGUGCUCUACAGCAUUAGGUUGACACUGAUCCUGUCCUGCCCCAUGGACCUCAAGAACUUUCCCAUGGACAUCCAGACAUGCACCAUGCAGCUGGAGAGCUUUGGCUACACCAUGAAUGACCUCAUCUUCAAGUGGUUGGAGGAGCAGGAGGCUGUGCAGGUGGCAGAGGGCUUGACACUCCCACAGUUCAUCCUCAGGGAUGAGAAGGACCUAGGCUAUUGCACCAAGUACUACAACACAGGCAAGUUCACCUGCAUCGAGGUGAAGUUCCACCUGGAGAGACAGAUGGGUUACUACCUGAUCCAGAUGUACAUCCCCAGCCUGCUCAUCGUCAUCCUCUCCUGGGUCUCCUUCUGGAUCAACAUGGAUGCGGCACCGGCCCGGGUGGGCUUGGGCAUCACCACCGUGCUCACCAUGACCACGCAGAGCGCUGGCUCCCGUGCCUCCCUGCCCAAGGUCUCCUACGUGAAGGCCAUCGACAUCUGGAUGGCCAUUUGCCUGCUCUUUGUCUUCGCUGCCCUGUUGGAGUACGCAGCCGUCAACUUCGUCUCCCGGCAGCACAAGGAGUUCAUGCGGCUGGGCCGGC